AUGGCUGUGCCAGCCAAGAAGAGGAAGAUGAACUUCUCUGAGCGGGAAGUGGAGAUCAUCGUGGAGGAGCUGGAGCUGAAGAAGCACCUGCUGGUGAACCACUUCAAUGCAGGGGUUCCUUUGGCCGCCAAGAGUGCGGCCUGGCACGGCAUCUUACGAAGGGUCAACGCCGUGGCCACCUGCCGAAGGGAGCUGCCCGAGGUCAAAAAGAAAUGGUCUGAUCUCAAGACUGAGGUCCGUCGCAAGGUUGCCCAGGUCCGGGCAGCUGUUGAAGGUGGUGAGGCCCCUGGACCCACUGAGGAGGACGGAUCUGGUGGGCCUGGGACAGGUGGUGGCAGUGGCAGUGGUGGCCCAACUGUAGCCCCAGUACUGCUGUCCCCCAUGCAGCAACGCAUCUGCAACCUUCUGGGUGAGGCUACCAUCAUCAGCCUGCCCACGACCACAGAGAUUCAUCCUGUAGCCAUUGGACCUACAGCCACUGCAGCUGCAACCACGGUCACCCUGACACAGAUCCCCACAGAGACUACCUACCACACCUUGGAGGAGGGAGUGGUGGAGUACUGCACAACUGAGACCGCUCAGCCCCUGCCAGCGGAGGCGCCUGUGGAGAUGAUGACCCAGCAUGCAGACACAUCAGUCAAGCCACAGGCACUCAAGAGCCGCAUUGCCCUCAACUCGGCCAAGCUGAUCCAGGAGCAGCGGGUUACCAAUCUUCACGUGAAGGAGAUUGCCCAGCACCUGGAGCAGCAGAAUGACCUUCUGCAGAUGAUCCGCCGCUCUCAGGAGGUGCAAGCCUGUGCCCAGGAGCGUCAGGCCCAGGCCAUGGAGGGCACCCAGGCAGCCCUGAGCGUGCUCAUACAGGUCCUUCGGCCCAUGAUCAAAGAUUUCCGCCGCUACCUGCAGAGCAACACACCAAACCCCAUGCCAGCCUCUGACCCUGGACAGGUGGCCCAGAAUGGGCAGCCAGAUGGCAUCAUCCAAUGA